AUGUCAAUCGAAAAAAAGGUUUUCGAUGUUCAACACUUUUGUAAGCGUCAUUUGCAAAUCAAAAACGAUCAAAUCUACACAAAAUUCGAGCUUUUCUCACUCAUCGAUUUGAUCAUCGAUGAGUUUCGAAAAGAGCCGACGCUGGCAGAAAUCUCCCCGCCGGUUAGGAUCGUCGGAGACAUUCAUGGGCAACACGACGAUCUUGUACGCCUUUUGAAUUGUAAAAAUGAAGGAAAUACUGCUUCGAUUGAUGACAGAAAGCCAAGCUAUGCGUUUUCUACCAAGAAAAUCCCAAAUUUUCAAAAUUUCGUCUUCCAGAUCCUGUUUCCCAAGCAAUACGUCCUUCUACGUGGCAAUCAUGAGACAAAAGUGAUAAAUUUCAGAUAUGGGUUUAGGCACGAAAUCCUCCGCCGUCUGACGUCGAAAAGAGACGCUCAGGAGGUUUGGGAACGAUUCAACGACGCGUUUUCGUUUAUGCCAUUAGCCUGUUUGGUUGGACACAAAAUUCUUUGUAUGCACGGAGGAAUUAGUCCGGAUUUAGUGUCUCUGGAUGCUAUUCGAAUGAUUCAACGCCCGUUAAUCGAUGUUAACCAUAAUCGUCUAGCUCAAGACUUGUUGUGGGCGGAUCCAGAGGAUUUUGAGAGAAUGCUUCCCAGUACAACAGUCGUCUCGAAUUUGCCAUGGGUGGAGAAAUAUCGGCCGAGCAAGCUGAAUGAACUUGUCGCACACGAACAAGUGGUGAAAACCUUGACGAAAUUUAUCGAGAAUCGCACUCUACCGCAUCUGCUGUUCUACGGACCGCCUGGAACCGGAAAGACGACGACGGUGUUGGCGGCGGCGCGUAAAAUGUACCAUCCAUCGAAAAUGUCGUCGAUGGUGCUGGAAUUGAACGCUUCCGAUGAGCGUGGUAUCGAUGUAGUCAGAAACACAAUUGUCAACUUCGCUCAAACCAAAGGACUUCAAGCGUUUGCGAGUGCCUCGGACAAGGAUAGCGUCCCGUUUAAGCUUGUGAUCCUUGAUGAGGCUGAUGCGAUGACCAAGGAUGCGCAGAAUGCGUUGAGAAGAGUAAUCGAAAAGUACACCGACAACGUGCGCUUCUGCAUCAUAUGCAACUAUCUGGCCUCCAUUAUCCCUGCCAUUCAAUCCCGUUGCACCCGUUUCCGUUUCGCCCCUCUCGACCAAUCACUCAUCGUCCCCCGUCUCGAUUUCAUCGUCAAAUCUGAAGGAUUACAGAUGACACCAGACGGUCGAGAAGCGCUGUUGAGAGUUUCCAAAGGAGACAUGCGUACUGUAAUCAACACCCUUCAAUCCACUGCAAUGUCAUUUGAGGUGGUCUCCGAGUCUACAGUAUACCAGUGUAUUGGGCAGCCGACGCCGGCGGAAAUGAAGAAGGUUGUGACUUUACUGCUGAAUCAAACCGCCAAAACCUGUAUGAAUAAGAUCAAGAAGAGCCUCUUUGAGAAUGGAUACGCCCUGCAGGAUGUGAUAACUCAUUUACACGAUUUGGCAUUCUCUAUGGAUAUUCCGGAUUCCGCGAUGUCUGCAAUAAUCGUUGGAUUAGGAGAAGUCGAGGAGAAUCUGUCGACUGGAUGCUCAAAUGAGACACAAUUGGCUGCGGUUGUCGCCGCGUUUUUCGAGGCCAAAUCAUGUGUGUGA